AUCGAAGGUCAUACGCAAAGUAUUUAUCUAAUCUAGCAAGCUCUGAAAAGGCACUGGUGUCACAUUCCGGACGCCGAAAGCUUCGCGUUGUAAUCGAAGGAUGAAUCUCUGCAGGCUCUUCACCGUGCUCAUUCUAGGAUGUCUGAGGUUCUCUUCUUCGGUGCCAAGCGUCCCGAAGGAAACCAAUUCGCUUCCGGCUAAGGUAAGCUUUGCACUGCUGUCCUCAAACGUGGACCAGUCCGUCCAACACAAAAUCCAACUGCCGAGUGAUCCAGUCGUAGACGGAAAAACCGGCGCGACGAACAGUCCCGGCGGAUCAAUCAAGAUAUCACAGAAGGAGAAGCUGGUCAUCACCGUUGAGAGAACGUCCAAUAGCACAUCAGAGACUUCGUCGGACAAUCCACAAUGUUCCAAUGGUGCCUCUUUAGAAGGGCAGACAUGCGUCGCGAAAGGAGCGCUGGAAACGCUGCUAUCUGUGGUGGACGAGCUCAAGAGAUAUCUGGGAGGCCGAAAUCAAUCGGUCCAGGAUCACGCUUUGCUCGUUACGACUCAGGUGCCCGAAGCGACACCUUCGACAGUUCCACCUAGGAUCGACACCAAGCUCUACAGACCGGAGAAUAGCGGUUGCGACGCCCAAAGAUGCAGGCUUCCCAGUUGCGCGUGCAGCAGCGAACUGCCACCAGGAGGACUCGCGUUGAAGGACACGCCGCAGUUGGUGAUGCUGACAUUCAACCACACGGUUCACGAAGGCAACAUUCCGUUCUUCUACAAACUUUUCGGUGGGGCCCACAAGAAGAACAAGGCGACGGGUUGCGACAUCUCGGUCACCUUCUUCGUUUCCGCCGACAUCGAUUAUGUGUUCAUGAACGAUUUUUACUUUAUUGGCAAUGAAAUCGCUCUUCAUUCUAUCAGCAUUCGAAACGACCCUGACUUCUGGAGGUCCUUGAGCCCGGAACAAUGGGCGCGCGAAGUCGCCGACCAGAGGAAGAUGCUGGAGACGUUCGGCAACAUCACGGCAGGCGACGUGAAGGGUUUCAGGGGCCCUUUCUUCAACGCGGGCGGAGACAAGGGAUUUAAAGCGCUCCAGAGCAGCAACGUCAAGUACGACAACUCGCUCGUCCACCUGAGGCGUCGUGGGGAAGACCUUCCGCUGUAUCCCUACACACUGGACCACGGAUUCAAGAUGCCGUGCGUCGUUGAGCCCUGUCCUCGAGACCCGUAUCCCGGAUUCUGGGUCUUCCCCAUCAACGUGUACCUCAAGAGCCAAGUCGUCGAUGGGCAAGAUCAUGAGGUACCCUGUCCCUACGGAGACCCGUGCGAGCCGCAGCCGACCACCGCCGACGACACGUUCCGCUACCUGAGGUCUCACUUUGAUCAGCACUACAACACGAACAGGGCACCGUUCCAACUUUCUUUGAGUGAAGAGUGGCUGAAGGAUCCCAAGCGCCAGGACGGCUACAUGGCCUUCGUGGAAUGGCUGCUGCAGAAGGAAGACGUCCACCUGGUCUCCAUGUCCCAGGCCCUCGAGUUCAUGAGGAAUCCGAUGUCUCUGAGCCGCUACAAUCAGCAUCAAUGUGAAACACACGACGGUAGGACACCCUGUCGUGACCCGAAGUCGUGUCUCUACCCCUCCACUCCACUGGGCAACUUCCGGUUCAUGCGCAUUUGCUCAGACACGUGCCCGCCAAACUUUCCGUGGCUGAACAAUCCUUUGGGACACUGAACGUGCGUCUAGCGCUCUACUCUAUACGUCCGAGCUUUCAAACGGCACGUUUCUAUUCGGCGAGGAAGGUAUAAGCAUAUGGCGUUUCCUCCGGAGGUGCAGCAACACUCAUGUGUCCGAGAGAGGCGAUUGCCAAGAUUGGAAAGCAAUAAAGCUCCAAAAGUAGAAACAUUAUAGGCUAGUUGGUGCAUGGAGAGCCUGGCAGACAAGGACACGCGAAGACAUCACAAUGCGCUAGCGGUGUUCUUUUUUCUUUCUUGUUAUCUUCGCACUAUCUGCGGUCGGGGUCAGUGACGUUUUCCUGCAAAGUGCCGAAUCGUCGCAAAGGAGGGACGGAGGGGGGGUCAGACUAUUUUCAUAAAAGGAAGAAAAACCGUCACGAGUUCGACGUGAUGUGUCAAGAUGUUUUCUUGAUUUAGGCGCACGUACAGCAAAAUUGGCCGAUCCUACUCGCAGUAGUAGAUUUUUGGUGUCCGAUAUUGCUUGCCAAGAUGCGAACAUAUUAACUAAAGCUAUACUAGCCGUGAGUCGUUAAACGUUUUGGAUGUGUUCAUCUGUCAUUUACAAAAAAAAAAAACAGGUCUGAUUUCACGGUCCUCGUUGAAAAGCUAUGACCGCACAUAUAUGCGCAGAAAAGAAACACUGCAAUGAAAGCUGCUGGGACCCUAGAGUUAUUAUAAUGUACGCUAGAGGUUCAACUGGCGCUAGUGUCUAUGCGACUUCCGGGAGGCAAAUUGAAGCAGACAGCAACCAGUCUACUUUUGCGAUGUUCCUGUGCAUUCCUAUGGGAAAACCCGUGUGAAAUUUGUCUCUUCGCCGGAAAAUAACAUGAAUAACUUUUAUUAUUUCGGCUGUGCCGGAUAGCAUGUACAUUUAUCAAUAUUGUAAAAGUGUAAUUGCUUUAAUUACAGCAUUUUUCUUUACCACUGAACGAUGUUAAGCUUCGCUAUAUUUCAGGCCCAAGCCUGUGUUUCAUGGCAGGUAUGUAAAAACGAGCGACGAUUCUAAGCAAACUAACCAUUGAAAAGAAUGUGGAGUGUGUUCAAGGUUCGCUAGCAUUGCGGUGGCGCUUAUGUAUUGCUAAUAUGCCCGUCCUGUCACUCUAUGAAAAUGACUUCUUCGUGCUUCUUUACGACGGUUAACAAACAUUUGAAUGUAAGAAAUAAAGUACGUGGACUACGAAA